AUGGCAAGCCAUGGCGUGCCGCGCUCAAAACAGACAGAGAGGUCUCAGGAAGCGCGGCAGCAGGAAUUGCAGAAAAUAGAAAAGUACCAGGACCUGGAACGCCAGGUUCGCCAAAAGGUGGCCGAUCAUGAAUACACAGCCGACACAUUGAAGCAGCUCGGGGACCUGCUGGAGAGCAACCCGGAGUACUACACCAUCUGGAACUAUCGACGGCGAGUGCUGCAACAUCAGCUCUCCCAGAUAGAUGCACCUCAGAUGAAGCUACUCGAAAAGGAUCUCCUAUUUCUGAUCCCGCUUCUGAGUAAAUUCCCCAAAUGUUACUGGAUCUGGAAUUAUCGCCUAUGGCUACUGGACGAGGCUCGUCGGUUACUAUCACUCCCCGAGGCCCGCAAGAUUUGGGAAGGUGAGCUGGUCCUGGUGAGCAUGUUUCUGAGCAAGGACCGCCGCAACUUUCACGCCUGGGGGUAUCGACGGCUGGUAUUCGACACCUUGAAGCAGCUUGCAGACGCGGAGGAGACGCGGACAAGCAUGACCCAAAAGGAAUUUGAGUAUUCGGACAAGAAGAUCCGCGAGAAUCUGUCCAACUUUUCUGCCUGGCAUUACCGGACGAAAAUCAUCCAGCGGUUGCUGGAUGAACAGUCUGCCAGCGAUGCCGAGCGGAAGAAGAUGCUGGACGACGAAUUGGACUUUGUUCACCAGGCCUUGAUUGACCCGCGCGACCAAUCUCUCUGGUUCUACCACCAGAACCUCAUGUGCGUCUUUGACCCCUCAGUGGCGGAGCGGACCAUGGCUCCGAACCUGAGCGUGUCCGACCGGGUGCAGUAUCUUCGGAAUGAGAUCGAGUUCAUCGAGGAGAUGCUGGACGGGGACGAGGACUGCAAAUACAUCUACCAAGCCCUGAUCGACUGUACCGUUUUAGUGGCCAAAGUGACCGGCACACGGUCGGACUCAGACCGAGAUCAGAUUCUGAGCUGGCUCUCGGAAUUGAAGAAGCUGGAUCCAUUACGAAAGGGACGCUGGGCGGAUUUUGAGCGGAGUCUGAGUUAG